AUGUUGGAGUACCUGAGUUACAAAAAGUUUAAGAAGUACAAGACCGAAAAGGAGGCAAAAGAGGCGGCCGAAGCAGAGCAGCGACCGCAACAGCAGAAUGGAUCAUCGACACAUCUCAAACCCGACUCGCGGCCUUCGCCGUCGCGGCGCCAGACGAGCUCUCAUUCCGUCUCGACGACGGCGAGCGCGGCCACGGAAGGCGGCCCCGCGCCCCUCCUAGAUCGUAAAGACGAGGCCUUCUUUAGACGCAUCCUCUCCGACCCGGACGAGAUGGACUCGGAUGACGAGAGUGUACGCCCCGCGCUGCCCCCGCGCAGCAAAACCCCCGAGUACACCUGGGACUCUGACGAGUCCCGCCGCGCCGCGCCGCUCCAGGAGCAACAGGCCCCCAAGAAGGCGGCGACGGUCGCCGUCGCGGAGAAGCCCCAGGCUUCGGGCCCCUCUAAGAUUCCUAGCAAGAUUGCUUUCCUCUUCAACAAGGCCACGGGAGGCGGCGACAAAGACAAGCAGCUGGCGCCCACCAAGCCCGUGGGGCCCGAGGAGGCGGCGCGCGAACAGGACGACCUCUCGCGCGUGCUCGACGACCUGAACCUCUCGGCGCGCAACAACAAGGCCAUCCCGCUGUCCGCCGAGUCGUCCGAACUCGUCGGCAAGUUCACCCUCGUUCUCAAGGACCUUGUCAACGGCGUGCCGACCGCAGUCGACGACCUCCGCAACCUCGUCGAGGAUCGCGACGGCACUCUCAAGAAGUCGUUCGACAAGCUCCCCAACAGUAUGAAGAAGCUCGUCACCAACCUCCCCGAUAAGUUCACCGCCAGCCUGGGACCCGAGGUCCUCGCCGCCGCCGCCAAGAGCCAGGGCAUCAACGCCGCCGAGAUGUCGGCCGAGGAGGGCAUCAAGGGUGCCGCAAAGAAGAUGUUCACACCCACCAGCUUCGCGGACCUGGUCUCCAAACCUGGCGCCGUGGUGGGCAUGUUGAAGGCCAUCGUCAAUGCGUUGAAGCUGCGGUGGCCGGCUUUCAUCGGCACCAACGUCAUUUGGAGUGUGGCCUUGUUCCUCCUCUUGUUUGUGCUGUGGUACUGCCACAAGCGCGGUCGCGAAGAACGUAUCAAGCGCGAGAACGCGCCUGAGAUCAUCGAUGGCAGCGGCCGCAUCGAGGAGCUUCCCGAUGACCCAGCCCUCCCGGCCCCAGCGCGUUCGCGCACCGAGCCGGUCCGCUCGGAUCGAGACCGUCCACGGAGCGAGAGGAGUGAGCGCAGCCGGCGCAGCGGCAGGCACAGCUCGGGAAGAACGUCGCCCCAACGGCGGUCCUCGCCGACUCCCGACUCUCCUCGGAGGAGAUCGACUAGGAAGUGA